AUGUUGGAGGUGGAGAGGUGGGAAGAAGAUGGAAGCCUGGGAAGGGUAGAGACGGCAGGUAAGGGUGAUACGGACGCAUUGACUAAACCCAAAAAUCCAAAAGGUGCUCUCGAGGAGGAAGAGGCGUAUAAGCCAUAUCCGGGAGUUUUCAUAAGUAUUGGAUCCGAGAUGUUGAGGUAUGGCAUCUAUGGUUAUGGUUUAGGGUUAGGAGAUGUGCAACAAAAGAUCUCAGGAGCACACUAA